ACCAACUCAUCUGCUCCAACACAGCCCCCAUGACCAGGAGGGGCUUGGCACUUACCCCCGUGGGAGGCAAAACACAGUUCCACUGCCUUCAGACACGCCUUCCCAUUCAAUGGGCAUGGGGCUGCCAGAGCUUCCGUUGGUUCUGUCAGCCCCAGGUGUGUGCAUGGGCUGAUGGAGAGGCCGAGCCCUUCUAUGGUGCAGGUGUGGUGAGGGAGCAGGGGUGUGUCUGGCAGUCAGGGCAUUUAUCAAGCAGCGUGUUGGGAUCCAGGUUCUGAUCAACCCCACUGGAACUCUCCCGACAGGAGGAAUCCAGUUGCCUUGGGCCCCUUGUGCAGUGGCAGGAUGAAUCUGUCUGGGGAGCAGGAUGUGCAGCAGGAAAGCUUGCAGCUCUCUGCACGCUGACCUAAGAGCAACUGGAUGUCACACUUCACAGUGUUAGCUGGCUGGGGAGAGGGUUGCAAACCUGGCCAGGUGCAUGAUGAGGAUUUUUUUUUAAACGUUCCUUGUGCCAUUAAGUACUGGGACCAGCAGCCAGUGCAACAGGGACGUAAGGGGCAUCAGAUUAGAUGGCGCAUUGAUCUGAUCCAGCUUAGCAAGGACAGAGGAUGCUGGGCACAUGGGCCCACUAGUCUCUUCUGGUACAGCACCUUCCACCUUCAUAGUGGUCUUCCCAAAUUCCUUCCCGCACUCGCAUGUCCCCUGAGCUGAACUCCUCGCCUUAAGUAGGCUUUCUUUCACCAGACGCAGUGGUUUUCCCAUUUUCUCUCCAUUAUUUCUGGGCUCCCUUAGACUGAUGCUGGAGCCUUGAAGAGCAUUCCCAGCUGUGGCUGGGCGCUGGCUCUCCGGGAGGCAGCCUUGGGGGGUAGCCAUGGCAGGGGGAAGUGGGUGAGAUGUACUAGAUAACUAUGCCGUGCCCCAUAAGCGACAAAAGGGAUCACACUUCUUCCCUGUCUGGGGGAUCAUGCAAUCUGCAGAGGGGAGUGAGCUAGAUGGGGGCGCCCAGAGUAUGCCCACUGCGUGUGAAGAGGAAGUGCCCAAUGUAGUAACAGGUGAAACUGGCAAGGGCCACACUAGGGCUGCUCCUGCUGAUUGGGCAGAAAAUCCUGCAGUCUCUGGGAGGAGGGAAUUGCUUAUGCUCAGACCCUCCAGCUGUCCCUUGAUCCAUCCUCGGGGCUGAAAAGCCAUUGGUGUAUAGGGAUAAAGCAGGGCCGGGUCUCUGCAGAAAGCAGACAUGGCUGGAGCAGUGCCUAAAGGACACCAGCAGCACAGUGAGAGUUGCUGGGAGCUACCAAACCUCACUGACCACCACCAGGCACCAUGAUGACGAGCAGCGGUCCCUCAGACAGGUAUAAAGCCGUCUGGUUAAUCUUCUUCACACUCGGCCUGGGGACACUGCUGCCAUGGAAUUUCUUCAUGACAGCCACCAGGUAUUUCACCAACCGCCUUGGGGAUCCCCAGAACGUUUCCUCCCUGGAGCCCCUCGCUGGGCUGAACAGCACAGACAAGGGCCAGGAGCCUCCCCCCACCUACCUGCAGGCCAGGUUCAACAAUUUCAUGACGCUCUGUGCCAUGCUACCCCUGCUCAUCUUCACCUGCCUCAACUCCUUCCUCCACCAGAGGGUACCCCAGAAAGUCCGUGUCCUGGGCAGCCUGGUUGCCAUCCUGCUGGUCUUCAUGAUGACGGCUGCCUUGGUAAAGAUUCCCCUGGAGCCCCUCCCCUUCUUCGUCAUCACUGUGGUCAAGAUCAUCCUCAUCAAUUCCUUUGGUGCCAUCCUCCAGGGCAGCCUCUUUGGAUUGGCAGGGCUGCUGCCUGUCAGCUACACAGCCCCUAUCAUGAGCGGGCAGGGCAUGGCAGGGACCUUCGCAGCUCUGGCCAUGAUCUGCGCUAUCGCCAGUGGCUCAUUGCUGGAAGACAGCGCCUUCGGCUACUUCAUCACAGCCUGCGUGGUGAUCCUGCUGGCCAUCGGCUCCUACAUCCUGCUGCCCCAUCUGGACUUCUUCCGUUACCACUUGAUGAAGGACAAGAAUGAGUAUCGGGUCCACGAGAGGCAUGCUGAGCUGGAGACCAGGAUCGACCUGAUCAAGAAAGACGAGCCCAAUGGGGUGGAACAGAGGUACCCGAACAACACAGCCCCCCAAGUUCCCAGCCAGAAGCCCUCCGUCUUCAGCAUCUUUAAGAAGAUCUGGGGCAUGGCUCUGUCAGUCUGCUUCGUCUUCACUGUCACCAUUGGGGUCUUCCCGGCAGUCACUGCCGAGGUGAAGUCCACGAUCGCCGGAAGCAGCAAGUGGGAGAUGUACUUCAUCCCUGUCUCCUGUUUCCUGAUGUUUAAUAUCUUCGACUGGCUGGGACGGAGCCUCACAGCUGUCUGCUUGUGGCCUGGGAAAGACAGCUGGCUCCUGCCCUUCAUGGUGGCUGCCCGUAUGGUCUUCAUCCCCCUCUUCAUGCUAUGCAACGUGCAGCCCCGCAGCCACAUACCCGUUUUCUUUCACCAUGACGCCUGGUACAUCAGCUUCAUCAUCCUCUUCUCCAUCUCCAACGGCUACCUGGCCAGCCUCUGCAUGUGCUUCGGGCCCAAGAAGGUGCCCGCCCAUGAAGCCGAGACGGCCGGAGCCGUCAUGGCCUUUUUCCUCUCGCUGGGCCUGGCGCUGGGAGCCAUGUCCUCCUUCCUCUUCCGGACAGUGAUCUAGCGGGGCGGCAGCAUGGACACUGAGGCCGUGCUUGGUUCAGCUUCUCAUCCUCCCGGCCAGCGCGUAGAGGUUACGGUGCUGCGGGGGACAUCUCCUGUGUACUGCUAUGAACUCUCACUGCCUUAACAGACCUUAUGCCCUCUGACCUGGGGAGCAACCUCCACCUACCCUGAGGAUGGCUUGGGGCUCCCAUGGCUGGGCCACUUUGCCCUAUCCCCAGCUUGUGUGAUGGCUCCAGGACCUGUGUGCCCACCAUACUGUGUGUGACCCCUGCAUCCUAUGCAUGCACAGAUCUCCCCCUGCCCAGUGUUGUGUGUCUCCCUCCCCCCACACAGAUGCCAGGAUCCUGCCUCGAAUUCAUAUCACACCCGCCAAGUCUGGGGUCUUUUGCUCAAAAGAAAAGAGAGUGCCUGGGGUCACUGCCCCCUUGGGGGCUGCUUGUGACUGGCUCUCACCAUCCACCCUCCUCUCAAGGGGUCCCUGGAGCGUUCACCCUUGUCCAGUUUCUCUCCCCCUCCCCUAGCAAGGGAAAUGCCCCAGGCCUGGCUGAGUGAAGGGGAGUCCUGCCGAUUGCACUCCCUCCCCCUCUGCCCUAUAUACGUGUGUGCCCCCCAUCUCUAUAGCUGCUGAGCCUCUCAGCCAUUCAUGGCUUUAUUCCUCCCCCUCCCUCCUGGGAGCUAGGGAAGGGUCAUGAUCCCAUACUCCAGAUGGGGAACUGGGGCAGGGCUGUCUUGAGUGCCAGUCAGCUGCCUUAAUUACUGCACUGGCUUCUUCUCCUUCUGCCCUGGCCUUUCCGCUGCUCCUGCCUUCCCUCUAGGUGACACUCACCCCAGCUGAUUGCACUGCCCCAGACUUUGAUCUGCCCCCUGCAGCAGUCCCCGCCUUCCCCAGCAGGAGGCGCUGACGGAAUGGAGCAGGGAUGCUGGCUGGGGGAGCGCAGAGAGUGAGAAGGCCAGUGCAGGACAGCACUGCCACGAGCCACUCCAUGCUCCGUGAGGCCUUGCCUGGCUGGGUACUCUUUGGUGCAAGUGGGGGCUUGGCCCGUUUGUCUCUGUAAAUGUAGCUGUACAGUUGCCUUUUUCUAUACAAAGAGUGAACAUGC